AUGUAUUCCUUCCGGAAAGCUGGAUACCAAAGAACACUGGUAUCAUCCCUUACUCACGACCGCUCUUACUCCACGCCGAUUCUGAGCACCGACUCAGAUCCGAUUGCCAAGAUGGGCAAAGCGAACAAAUUCCCUCCAGGCGCGUCUGCCUCGCGGAACGCUGGUGACGACAAAAGGGCAGUAUAUCUGCUGAUCGGCAGCGACGACUGGACCGACACAAUGGGCCAAUACAAAAGGUACUGCGAUUCGCAAAGGGAAAAAAACGCGGGUCUAUAUCCACGCACCAAGGCCGCUCACUGUCCUUGUUAUGUAUGGGCCAAUGGUGGAAGGCAGGUGGACCAAGCGGCAAGUAGAGGCAAAGAACCAUCUUUGCGAGUCCAUCCAAGAACGAUGGCAAAUUUCUACUCUUCUGGUGCUCGGCAGGCUAUCAAUCCGUUUGCCGUUCUGGUUUCUAACCCAGGGGAGAUUGAGGCAGCGAUCAACAUUGUCCUCAAUGUCCCCGGCAUAACCUGGAAAGCCUCCCAGCAUAACGUCAUAAAGUCGCUUUCCCGAUUCCCGGACCGUUUUUUAAUCGUUCAAGGGUUUCCGGGGACGGGCAAAACCCUCACUUUGAUCCCAGUCGCGUGCCACAUGCAUUUCCCGCAGCUAUCCCCCUCAGAGGAAUUAUCGGAGGACUUGAUCGGCAAAACAAAAUACGCUGACCCCACGGUGGUCACGGAUUUGAACUGCUUGUUCGGAAAGAACCAUGAAGCCGCUCGGGCAUAC